CCGAUACAUAGAAAAGCGGCCUCCGAGACGCGAACCUUUUCAAGAGUUAUAUUUUGAUUCGUCAGAUCUUGAUCAAUAAUUGCAUCAUGAUUCUUGGAUCAGUAUUCAAUGCGCCAUUAUUGACUGUUAUUGCCCGCUGGCUCAUCCUGAGCUCGUUUGGCCAGCUGCAGAAGGAUUUUGUGACCGCGCUGUCUGUCUAUUACCCGAUUAUGGCCGACCGACAGACCACCGGAGUUAAUCACUCGUGCCAACGUCCUUUGGUGCGCACAGAAUGGCGCCGACUCUCCGAUGAACAGAAGGAUUCCUACAUCGCCGCAUUGACUUGCAUGCUCGAGAAGCCUGCAACCGAGUUUCCUGUUAUCCCAGCAGCGAGUAAUCGAUAUGAAGAUUUUGUGGCUACACAUGCCUUGGAUAUUUGGAAUGCGCAUUUCGUGGGAGCUUUCUAUCCUUGGCAUCGAUGGUUACUGUUUCACUUCGAGCAAGCACUCCAGAUAUGUGGUUUUGAUGGAGGGCAACCGUACUGGGAUUGGACACUCGACACAGACAGCGAAGACGCAUUUUUCAACUCUCCCAUAUUUGACACCGAAAGAGGCUUUGGCGGCAACGGGAGAUAUGUGCCGGCCAACCUUCUGACGCCCGCGCCGUCAAUGUUCUUGGUUCGACCGAAACUGACCACCAACCGUACCGGUGGAGGCUGUCUCAUAGAUGGGCCGUUUGCUGGGCUUGCUACCCAACUUGGGCCCCGCGACAACAUCCAGCGACGUGGAAAACACUGCGUCACACGGGAUUUGGGAUAUGCAUACUUCUGGAAUACGACGGAUGUCGGAGUCGUACGCAAUGCGAUGGAAUUUCCAAACUUCGGACUGUAUGGAAACAAGACGGAGUACUCGUACCAUUCGGGCGGCCAUUGGGCGAUUGGUGGAGAGUAUGCAACGAUGAGCGACAUGUGGAUAUCUCCGAUGGACCCCAUCUUCUUCCUACAUCACUCCAACCUCGACCGUGCCUGGUGGUCUUGGCAGACACGAGACCUAGACGCUCGUCUGAAGGACAUAUCCGGUCCACUCUUUCCCCAGGACUACCAUAAUAAGGAGGGCGGUAACUACACAAUAGACUCGACGAUCCGUGUCGGUAUCGCCGAUCCGCAAGAGAUCACGAUUGCUGAUAUCAUGCACAUUCAGCGCGGACCUCUUUGCUACACCUACGAUCAGCUGUAUUGACAUCCGUGUGGGCAGGACAUGUUUGGCAAACUUGCGCUGUGUCAGGUAAUGCCGAAUAUUCUUGGUACUUUUGGGGAGAUGAUUCAGCCCUGUUGCUCAAUAGUUACCAUAUAGCUUCGAAUGACAACAAUGCAAGCUGUCGCUA